AUGGAGAAGCAAGACAACACAUUGGCACAUCCAAAGUCUGUUACUGCUGAGAGCUGUGAGCCAGAUGAUGAGCAGCAGGCUCAGGGCUGUGAUCCUGCAGCAUGGCUGAACUCUGAGCUGCUGCUGCCACGACUCACCAUCGAGAACCUGAGCAAAUGGGCCAUCUACAAGGACCCACAGCUGUCCAGCAGCCGUGUGAAGAAGGUCUGCAGGGAUCAGUGGGUGGCAGAAGAUGUCCCUGACAAUAUGCUAGAGAUGGAGUUUAUGCAGAAACAGGUGUAUCUGUGUGAAGACAGAUCUGUGGAAGUUGAGGAGAUUGAAGAUCUAACCAGACUGGAGUAUGUGUCCUCUGUGACUUACAUUGGGCAAAUUUUGGUUUCUGUGAAUCCUUUCAAAGACCUCAGUAUCUACUCUGAAGAUGUGGCUACGCAGUACCAUCAAGGGACUCUCUCAAAAAAUGCUCCACACAUCUUUGCCAUAGCAGAAAUGGCCUACACGCUGUCCCAGUCAUCAGGGCAGGAGCAGUGUGUCGUCAUCAGUGGACACAGUGGAUCAGGUAAAACAGAAGCUGCCAAAGCAAUUGUGCAAUACCUGACCAUGCUGUACCAGAGAUCUGACAGCCACAGGAUCAGACAGCCCUGCAAUGUCCUACCCAUCCUGGAGAGUUUUGGAAAUGCAAGAACCAUCCUCAAUGACAACUCAAGCCGUUUUGGAAAGCUUCUGAACAUCCACCUGCGACAUGGUGCUGUGGUGGGAACAUCCAUCUCCCAGUACCUGCUGGAGAAGUCUCGUGUGGUGUUUCAGGCCCACGGUGAGAGGAACUACCAUGUGUUUUAUGAGCUGCUGGCUGGGCUUCCUGUGGAGCAGAAAGAGGAGAUGUACUUGCAAGAGGCAGAGUCCUACUUUUACCUGAAUCAGGGCAGAGCAUGUGAUGUCCUGGGAAAGGAGGAUGGUCAGGACUUUCUGGUCUUGGUGCAAGCUCUGGAAGGAAUCAGCCUCUCAGAUGAUCAGCUGAGCUCCACCUGGGCUGUCCUGGCUGCCAUUCUGCAACUGGGGAACAUCUGCUUUACCUCCUAUGAGAAUGAAUCCUAUGAACACGCAGCCAUUGCCAGCGACACCGAGAUUCAGAUUGUGGCCAAUUUGUUGUGUGUCUCAGCAGAUUUCCUGCAAAGUGCUGUCACUCAUCGUGUCACUGUAACAUCAUAUGAUCGAAUCUUCACCCCUCUGUCUGUAGAAGGAGCCAUCAAUGCCAGGGAUUCCAUUGCCAAGACUCUCUACUCCCUGCUCUUUGAGUGGCUGCUGCUGAGGAUCAAUGAGUGGUUGGCUCCCUGGGAAUCUGACUGUGCUGAUCUAGAGGUGAACAGCUUAGAGCAGCUCUGCAUCAACUUUGCCAAUGAGCAUCUCCAGCAAUUUUUCAGCCAGAGUGUCAUUGCCCAGGAAGAGGCCACAGACCACACCUUUCUCCAGAAGUGUCACUACCAUCAUGGAAAUAGCCCUUGGUACACCAAGCCCAAGUUUCCUCUGCCAGUGUUCACUGUGAAGCACUAUGCAGGUCCUGUCACCUACCAGGUCCACAAGUUUCUUUACAAAAACCGUGACCAGCUGCGUCCAGAGGUGCUGGACAUCUUCUCUCAGAGCCGCCUCAAGGUGGUAUCUCACAUUUUCCAGAAGGCUAAAGCUGCCUAUAGUCAGCAAAGGAAGCUGGGGGCCAGGGGAAAAGGGCUCAAGCCUCAGGCUUCCACACUGGUGUCCAAAUUCCAGCAGUCUCUGCAGGACCUCACAGCCAAGCUGAGAAGGAGCCAUGCCUUCUUCAUUCGGUGCAUCACCCCUAAUCCCAAAAAGCUGUCAAAUAUCUUUGAUGUGGAGUAUGUCACUUGUCAGCUGCGACACUCUGGGAUACUGGAGGCUAUCCACAUCAGAAAAGAAGGAUACCCAGUCCGUCUUCCAUUCCAGGACUUCCUGGCCAGGAAGCGAUACAGGAGGCUGAAGAAGACUUUGGUGCAAUUUAAUACCAUGAUUUUAAUCUCCAGACCUUUGAUUCAAAGGAGGAAGCGCUGCCAGGACCUGGGGCUGCUGGAGAUCCCUGCAGAGCUCGCAGCCCUCCUGCAGUUUGGUGAAGGUCAAUACCAAACACAGGCCAACCAGAUAACUGAGACAUUGCCACCAGAAGUCAAGGUCAAAGAUAACCUUUCCCUCCCACCCACCAUCAACAGCUAUCCCUUUUCCUCCUUCAUUAAGUCACACUUCCAGAGACCAGAUUUCCCUCCCCCUGGUCAGCUUCUGCAGCAGCCCUUAACCCACCUGGGUGCUGAACACCAUGAAAGUACACUAGAGAUCAACAAACUGAUUUUGCGGUUCAUUGGUGACAAGAGCCUCCGUGGCUGGCAGGAGGCACUUCUGGGCAACUACAUUGCUGCAAGAGGUUUGAAUAACAUAGCUCUGCGCAACGAGAUCUUCAGUCAGGUGGUUGCCCAGACAUGGAAGAACCCAGACCUGGAGCACAGCCAGCGAGCCUGGGUCCUGAUGGCCACUCUGCUCAGCUGCUUCCUCCCUUCACCAGCACUGGAGAAGCCACUGUUGAAAUUCGUGUCCGACCAUGGCUUGGAGGGCUACAAUGCUGUUUGCCAGCGCAAGAUCUUGACAUCAGCACAGUACACAGACUCUGCAGUCUCUCGGGCUUACCCUCCCACUCAGCUGGAGUGGACAGCAAACCAGAGGAGAGGGAAGAUGGUGCUGGAUGUUCAUACCUUUAAUGAGGAGACCUUCUCAGCUGAGGUGGAGUCCUGGAUGACUGGGGAGCAGUAUGCAGGCUGGAUCCUGAGUGUAAGGGGCUGUGAUAAGACUCGAGGGUGGUCUAUCUCCAUGUUUACUGGCAACACAUGGCAGGACCUGCUGGGUUGUGACUUUGUGCUGGACCUCAUCGGAGAGAUGGAGGACACCAGCAACUUCAGCAGCUCCUCCCAGUCCUCAUCUGAGUAUCCCAUAGCUCCAGAAAGGGAUUGGAAUAUCUCCCAGCACUCUGACCUGGACUCGAUCCCUCCUGCUCCAGGUAUCCAGGCCCCUUCCCUCCCACCACCUAGCCUGCCUCCAGAACUCAUUGAUCUCCAUCCAGCCAUGAUUAUGCCCCAGCCCAUGGUUCCAGCUAUAGAUCCCAACCAGUUGGCAGCACAACAGCAAGCCUUUAUCAACCAGCAAGCCAUGCUCAUGGUUUAUGACUACAUGAAAGACGAGUUCACCAGUGAAGAUGAUAACAAUCCUCGGGAAACCUUCCAGCAGAAGAGAGAAUAUUUUCAGAAGAUGGCUCCUGCAGCUCCUUUGCCACCUCCUGAGCCAAAGCCAGAAAAGGAGACACCAAAAGUGAAGAAGGAGCCACCUGUAGUGAAGCCUUCAGGCCCUGAGUCACGUCCUGCACCCAGCCGGGAGAUCGGCAACAUCAUCAAAAUGUACCAGAACAGACCAGCCCCCGAGCCCCAGCCCUUUGAGCCUGUCAGGAGACAAUCCAAGCCAUUUUUAAAGAAGAUCGACCCCAAAUACGAGGCUCUGGCCAAGCUGGGAAUGAUGAACACCUCACCUCAACCACCACCAUCUCCUGUGCCACAAGAGAAGAAAUCACCUCCACCUCUCAAGCCCAAGCCAGGCCAACCUUCCUCCUCUAUCAAGGAGAAGCAGUUGCCUCUCCUGGCCAUCUUCAGACAGGAGAAUACUCCACCACCUCCUCAGGCCCCACUUGCUCCCCCUCCUCCACCACCAUUGCCUUCACCUCUCCCACCUGGGGACCAAGACAUGCAGAAACCCACAGUGAAGGACUCUCCUGUGACAGUAGUAGGUGAUGACGGUAUCAAGACCCAGUUGUACAAACUCACUACCAGCAUCAGCUUUUCCUAUGUCGACCCUGCCUGGAAAAUCUUCCUGCGCAAAGAGGUGUUUUACCCCAGAGAAAAUUUCAGUCACCCUUACUGUCUGAACUUGCUGUGUGAGCAGAUCAUCCGUGACACCUUCUCCAAUUCCUGCAUUCGGAUCUCCAGGGAGGAGAAGCGCAAGAUGAAAGAUCUGCUGGCUGAGUUCCGGGUUGGCAACGAUGUCCAGUCCAUUCAGGAGGAUGGGAUAAAGAAGAGGAUUGUACUGGCUGCUCGGGAUAACUGGGCCAACUAUUUCUCCCGUCUUUUCCCAGUUUGUGCUGAAAAUGGAAGCAGUGUGCAGAUCCUGGGUGUUUCUCACCGGGGCAUGAGGCUGCUGAAGGUGGAGAAAGGAGCGGCAUAUAGUCCUGAUCGCCUCAAGAUUCUUCGCAGCUACUGCUUUGCAGAUGUGCUGUCAGUGCAGCUGAAGGGCAGCCAUGUCCUGGAGUUCUCUCUGAAGACAGAGCAGCUCCUCCUGCACUCUCCAAAGGCUCCAUGCAUCAAAGCCAUGGUGGAACUCUUCAUGGAGGAGCUGAGGCAGGAUAGCAACUAUGUCGUUGCUCUGCGCAGCUACGUCGUGGAUGACAAGAGCCUUCUUAGCUUCGAGAGGGGUGACCUCAUUGAGCUACUGCCCAUGCAAAACGUGGAGCCAGGCUGGCAGUUUGGCUCCACUGGUGGCCGCUGUGGUCUCUUCCCCACCAACCUGGUGCAGUUGGCUGCAGCCCCUGAUUACCUCAGUGCCAGCAUGGAUAGACACGGAGAGCGACGGAAGAGCAUGAAACAUUCCCCAGGGAGCAGGAACACCAGCAGGGAGGGACUGAAGGGCACAUCUGCUGAAAAGAAGAGUGCAGCUGACCUGGUGCAGCACACCAAGCUGUGCAAAGAGAAGGAGACUUUGCAUGAUGAGGUUUACUGCCAGGUCAUCAAACAGGUCACCCAAAACCCUAAACAGGAGAGUGUGCUACGUGGCUGGUUGGCCCUAAACCUGCUAACUGGGUACUUCCUUCCUUCCAAAAUCCUGAUGCCCUAUGCCACCAAGUUCCUGCAGCUAGCCAGCAGUGAUCCAUCCAGCACCCACCACGAUAUAGCCAAGAUCUGUCAGAGCAACCUGAGGAAAAACUUCAUGUAUGGAGGCCGUCGCCACCUUCCUUUCCCUGUGGAGAUGGAGGCACUCCUGGUGGCCAAGGAGGUCUUGCAGGAGAUCUGUGAGCAGAUGGGAGUAGGUGAACCGGAAGAGAUACAGGACUUUGUUCUUUUUGCUCUCAGGAGUGACAACAAUAAUCCUGGUAAAACAGUGAAGCCAAUAAAACCAGAGGAGUAUCUGCAUGAUUACCUGCUGGAGGACAAGCUGGUCACCCUGACCUUGCGCAGGCUCUUAUGGAGGACACCUCUGCACCUUGAGAAUGAAACCUAUAUAGAUGUCCAUUAUGGACAGAUGCUGUGGGAUUACCUCAGGGGCAAGAUGCUGCUAAGCCAGAGUGAAGAAAUGGAGAUGCAGGUUGGCCUCUUGGCAAUGCUGCAGCACUGGGCCAAAGAGGACCAGCAGAACUCUGCUCCCUCCAGGGAGGAGGUGAUGGAAUACACACCCAAGAUCCUGCAUGCCUCCAUCAAUCCCAAGGCUCUGCAGAACCACAUUGCCACACUGCUGAGAACGAGGCAGCCCCUCCGGCCAGUGGAUGCAAAAAUAGAGUUCAUAGAGUACAUGAUGAAAUUGCCUUUCUUUGGCUACAACGUCUUCAUCAUAGAGAGAACCAGUGAUAACACGAUCCCCGUGCCCUGUUUCUUUGCUGUGAAUAAAGAUGAGAUCAUUGCAGUGGAUGGCAGCACCCAGGCUGUCUCCUGUGUCAUUCCGCUGAAGGAGCUGCAGAAGAUGCGCACGCUGCAGCCCACCUCGCCUGACAGGCUCCCCAGCCUGGAGCUCAGCUACAGCUCUGCUGCCAGCAUCAAGGUUAUGUGGGUUGAACUGGCACAGGCUAAAGAACUGUACCACACAAUAGUUGUCACCCUGGAUAAAACAGAGUUGCACCCCUAG